AUGAGGCAUUUGAGGAUCAAAUCGUACUUAACUGCCACACAAGGCGAUAUACUUUUCAAGCUAAGUGCCAAACAUGAAGCUGGCCAGAGAAAUAUACCAGCAGCAGAAUUAAGAAGAUCAUUUUCCAAAAAUAGCAGUUUGCAUUUGGAUUUGAAUGCUCCUGAAGGGCAAGAAAACGAAGAUAUUGACGAAGCUGGAGAGUUUUGUGAUUCGGAUCAUAUUUUGGUUGGGAUCGAGGAUCCUGAAUUCGAUUUUAACUGA